GAUGGACAGAGAGAUAUGGGUACAAGUGAUGCCCAUCCCCAUUAGUCCAACAUCCGUCCACUAGCGCAAAAGACGAGUAAAUGCAACGAAUAUCCCGUCCCAUGUGACUCUCUUAUCAUAUGCCAGCCUCCGUCCCAAAGUCGUCGAUCAAAUGUCACCUAACGCUGUUGCAAAAAUAACUCAAGAAGGAAGAAGGGGAAGAAAAAAAGUUCCAGUCUUUAUGUUCUGGGAAGGUCGAAACCGAACUGGGUAGGUGCUAUCAACCUCAAUCAAGAUACGGGCUCAGCUGCGGGAUCACUUUCCUUGUCUCUGAAUUCUGAUCUGUCUUCUGGUAGCUUGGUGCCGAGUUUGGGGUUGGAUGAUCAUUUGAACCGCUUUUGGGUUUCUUCGUAGCUAAGCUCUGGAUUUUGUUCUGGGGCUAGCUAGCUGAAACUUAUUAGCUGCAGCUGGACUGCGUAGACUGUUGAUUUCUCAGUUCAGAGUGUUGCUCUAGAUUAUUCUUUGAAGUUUUUUUAAUUUGAUCGAGUUUUAGUCCUUUGAAACUUUAGCUAUGGUGGUGGUUUAGGAUUGAAUUUGAUCUUGAUUCAAGGUUUUUAGGUGGAAAUAAUGGGUAGUAGUAGAACUGUAGUUUGGUUUAGGAGAGACCUUAGGAUAGAGGAUAAUCCUGCCCUAGCGGCUGCUGCAAGGGAUGGUCCAGUCUUUCCCGUUUAUAUUUGGUGCCCUGAAGAAGAAGGGCAGUUCUAUCCCGGCCGGGUUUCCCGGUGGUGGCUGAAGCAGUCUCUUACCCACUUGGGAAACUCGAUCAAAUCACUUGGUGCUGAACUUAUCCUGAUCAAGACUCACAGUGCUGUCGAUGCUCUUCGAGACUGUGUCAAUGCCGUUGGAGCGACCAGACUGGUCUUUAAUCAUCUCUAUGAUCCGGUAUCUCUGGUUCGUGAUCAUAGUAUCAAGGAGAAAUUGGGGGAACUUGGAAUUUCCGUGCAGAGCUAUAAUGGGGAUUUGUUAUAUGAACCGUGGGAUAUAUAUGAUGAUGAAGGACAUGCUUUUACAAAGUUCAAUUCAUAUUGGGAGAAGUGCUUGCAUCUGCAGAUGGAGCCUGUCUCACAUCUACCUCCAUGGAAGCUGGUGCCUGCUACAGAUAUUGCAGGUUCAAUUGAAAAGUGUUCAGUGGAUGAACUUGGUCUGGAAGAUGAAUUGGAAAAAGCAAGCAACUCUUUGUUAGGAAGAGCAUGGUCUCCAGGUUGGGGUAAUGCUGACAAAUCCCUAACAGAAUUUGUUGAACGACAUUUAAUUAACUAUUCGGAGAACAGGCUUAAGGUUGGAGUGGAUUCCACUUCUCUCUUGUCCCCUUAUCUCCAUUUUGGGGAGCUGAGCGUUAGGAAGGUUUUCCAAUGUGUUCGAAUGAAGCAGCUAGUGUGGGAGAAAGAAGAAAACAAAAAAGGGAAAGACAGUGUGAACUGGUUUCUUAGGUCGAUUGGGCUAAGGGAAUACUCGCGUUAUCUUUGUUUCAAUUUUCCAUUCACCCACGAGAGAUCGCUGCUAGGGCACUUGAAGUACUUCCCUUGGAAUGCCAACCAAGCCCAUUUCAAGUCUUGGAGACAAGGAAGAACCGGUUACCCUCUCGUUGAUGCCGGGAUGAGGGAGCUAUGGGCAACUGGUUGGAUGCAUAACAGAAUAAGAGUAAUUGUGUCGAGCUUCUCUGUCAAAGUUCUGCUCUUGCCAUGGAGAUGGGGAAUGAAGUAUUUCUGGGACACGCUUUUGGAUGCAGAUCUUGAAUGUGACAUCCUGGGUUGGCAGUAUAUAUCAGGAAGCCUACCAGAUGGCCAUGAACUCGAACGAUUAGACAGUCCAGAGAUACAAGGUUCCAAAUUUGACCCAGAAGGAGAAUACGUGAGACACUGGCUGCCCGAAUUAGCUAGAAUGCCAACCGAGUGGAUUCAUCACCCAUGGGAUGCACCUGAUAUUGUGCUCAAAUCCGCUGGGGUCGAACUGGGACUAAACUAUCCAAUGCCUAUAGUGGAUCUGGACAUGGCUAGAGAGCUUCUCACUUCAGCCAUAUUCAAGAUGUGGGAAGACGAGGCAGCUGCCAGAGCUUCAUGCUCAAAUGGGACAAAUGAAGUCAUUGGUGAUAACACAGGCAUUACGGAUGGGAUUCCAAAGGUUGUGUUGAGGGAGAAAGGCAAGGCUCCUUGCCUUACUGCAUCGUCUAACGAUCAGAAGGUUCCAUCGUUUUAUAACAUGAAGCAGAAGGAUCCACACGGGAAGAAGAGGGCCAAAUGCAUGGAGGAGGGAACCCCAGGACCAGAUAAGUUCCGAGAUUGUUAUAACGUCGCAGGGACUUCAAGACCAGAUGGUGAUCUGUGCUCGACUGCUGAAUCAUCAGCGGCUAAGAAACAGGCAACAACAAGCAGAUGCUCCUUUUCAGUUCCCCAGUACUGUUCGUCGUCAGAAGGGAACAGCAUGGCACAGGAAUGUGAAUCGCCCGAAUUCAAGGAGCCGUGGCAGUCGCAAAUCGACAUUGAAAACAGUUCAAGCAAAGAUGUUGCCAUGGGAACUUGAUGUUGCAGCAAUUUUCAAAACCUUCUCCGAAUAGAGGGUACUACACAUGUUAAUAGGUCGAGCAAAUGUUACUACUAUCUAGUAAAAUAAAAUUCAGUGCCCUUUUGCUGUCAUCCAAAGUCUGUUUCCGAUGCUGGAUGCUGUAAUUCCUUCGCUUAUUGAGAUGCGGUAAGUGUCGGCUGGUUGAUUAUUAUAGGAAUCAAAGUAAUGUAUCGCUGUAAGCAAAGUGUCUGGUAGCUGGUAAGUAGGCGGCUGCAUAGAAUUUCCGCGUAAAUUGAGGGGAAGCGUCACUGCUUGUAUUUUACCAAGAUUGGGGGUGUGACAUCUACAUGACAAACACAUAUUUGUUGGAUACUCCUAAAGACACCAAAUAAGGAUAUUACAUUUACAACCCACAAG